GUGAAAGAAUGCAGUCACCCUAUUCCACUGCGCAGCUUGUCAGCUAUUUGAAGUCGCUGGCGCUGCCGCCGUCCUACGGGCGAUACAUCCCAGCGCCGUGGACAUUCCCCCAAACCGAGGAAGCCCUGACGGUUUUAUUCCGAUGCCAACUCACCCGAUAUCCAUAUGAAAAUCUCGCUCUACAUAACUCCUCUAGCGAUCCUGUUUCACUGGAACCCGAUGCGCUCUACCAGAGAAUGCUCGGCGCCAAUGAUGCCGACCCGAUUGGACGGGGUGGAUACUGUCUGGAAGUCAGCAUAUUCUUCUACUAUAUACUCCGUGGCUUGCGAUCCCAGGUGUACAUGACAGGAGCGAGGAAUCGAGAUCGACAGGAUGGAGCUCCGGUGGGAGAAUUCAAAGGAUGGGUGCACAUCGUCAAUAUUGUCCAGCUGCCCACCGGCGCCCGGUUGCAUCUGGAUGCGGCCUUUGGAGGCGACGGGCCGACAAGUCCGCUGCCACUGAUCUCAGGACAUGCGGUUCGAAAUCUAGGAAUGCAGGAGGUUCGCCUCGUCCUCGACAGCAUUCCUCAUCAGUCCCGAACCGACCAGAAAAUGUGGAUCUAUCAGUACCGAAAUGGCCCCGAGAAGGAAUGGAUGUCCUUCUAUUGCUUUGCAGAACUAGAGUGGUUCCCCGACGACUUCGAGGUGAUCAAUCGGUUUACGAGCUGGGAGGUGCGGGAGAGAGGAAAUGUGAUUGCAGUUAGAUUCUUGCGAAGUGGCGAAAAGGGCCAUUAUACUCGCUAUUGUGCGCCAAAUGCUGUUGAUUGCGCAGGGGCUGAUGAGGUGCGUGUUGUGGGCAAAAUCAUGAUGGUCAACCAUCUAUUGAAGAUCAAUAUGGGGGACCGAACACAAGUCAUUCAAGAAUUCGACCCGAAGACACAACAAGCUGAGAUCUUGGAAAAAUGGUUCUCGAUCAGCUUAUAGCCAGGCCUUUUUGUUGUGGGCGGGAAUGUGUACGCAUGGCCUGGAUAAUGCGUUUAGCACGGUGACUACCCACAGAGCUCAAGUGAAUUAUGAAAGCCUUGAAAGAAUCGAGGUGAAAAGGAC